GGCUCGGGCUCGGGCUUCGGCUCCGGGCUUCCCGGGUCGCGGUGGCUGUGUCUUCGGGGCCCGGAGAUUGGCGUCCGGGCCGCCCCGGCUGGGAGCGCCGUGCCGUAGUCUCCCAGCGCCUUGACUGAGCGGAGCCGGGCGGCCUGGUCGAGCCCUGCCUUCCUUGGUCGGCGGCCCAGCGACGUAAGCGAGCAAUUGAUAACCAAGUUACUAUGAGUCUGCUAAACUGUGAAAACAGCUGUGGAUCCAGCCAGCCUGACGGUGACUGUUGUGCUGCCAUGGCCAGCUCCUGUAGUGCCACAACCAAAGAUGACAGUGUGAGUGGGACAGCCAGCACAGGGAACCUCUCCAGUUCCUUUAUGGAAGAGAUCCAGGGGUAUGAUGUGGAGUUUGACCCACCCCUGGAAAGCAAGUAUGAAUGCCCCAUCUGUCUGAUGGCAUUGCGGGAAGCAGUGCAAACACCAUGUGGCCACAGAUUCUGCAAAGCCUGCAUCACCAAAUCGAUAAGGGAUGCAGGUCACAAAUGUCCAGUUGACAAUGAAAUACUGCUGGAGAAUCAACUAUUUCCUGAUAAUUUUGCAAAACGAGAGAUUCUUUCUCUGAAGGUGAAGUGUCCAAAUGCAGGUUGUUUGCACAAGAUGGAGCUGAGGCAUCUAGAGGAUCAUCAAGCACAUUGUGAGUUUGCUCUUAUGGAUUGUCCCCAAUGCCAACGUCCCUUCCAAAAAUGCCAUCUUAAUAUUCACGUUCUCAAGGAGUGUCCAAGGAGGCAGGUUUCCUGUGUGAACUGUGCUAUAUUAAUGGCAUUUGAAGAUAAAGAGAUCCAUGACCAGAACUGUCCUUUGGCAAAUGUCAUCUGUGAAUACUGCAAUACCAUGCUCAUCAGAGAACAGAUGCCCAAUCAUUAUGAUCUAGACUGUCCUACGGCCCCAAUUCCAUGUACAUUCAGUACUUUCGGUUGCCAUGAAAAGAUGCAGAGGAAUCACUUGGCACGCCACCUGCAAGAGAACACCCAGUCGCACAUGAGAAUGUUGGCCCAGGCGGUUCAGAAUUUAAGCCUUGCUUUAACUCCCAGGCCUCAGUGUGACAUGCUUCCGUAUGAUUCUGCCUCUCUGUCCCGAGUGUCCUCCGGAUGUCACCCAGAGGUCCAGAACUUCCAAGAAACCAUUCAGCAGUUAGAAGGUCGCCUCGUCAGACAAGACCAUCAAAUCCGGGAGCUGACUGCUAAAAUGGAAACUCAGAGCAUGUACGUAGGUGAGCUCAAACGAACCAUUCGAACCCUUGAGGACAGAAUUGCUGAAAUAGAAGCACAGGAGUGCAAUGGGAUUUACAUCUGGAAGAUUGGCAACUUUGGGAUGCACUUGAAAUGCCAAGAAGAGGAGAAACCCGUUGUCAUUCACAGCCCCGGAUUCUACACUGGCAAACCCGGCUAUAAGAUGUGCUUGCGCCUGCACAUUCAGCUGCCAAAUGCCCAGCGCUGUGCAAACUACAUCUCCCUCUUUGUCCACACAAUGCAAGGAGAGUAUGACAGCCACCUGCCCUGGCCCUUCCAGGGUACAAUACGCCUUGCAAUUCUAGAUCAGUCCGAAACACCUGUAAGGCAAAACCACGAAGAGAUCAUGGAUACCAAACCAGAGCUGCUUGCCUUCCAGCGACCCACAAUCCCACGGAACCCAAAGGGGUUUGGCUAUGUAACUUUUAUGCACCUAGAAGCGCUAAGACAAAGAACCUUCGUUAAGGAUGAUACCUUACUAGUGCGCUGUGAGGUCUAUAGCCGCUUCGACAUGGGUAGCCUUCGGAGGGAGGCCUUUCAGCCACGAAGUACUGAUGCAGGGGUAUAGCAUCCCCUCCUUUGUUUAAAAAAGACUGUCUGGAGAGAGCAGUGCCUUUCCUUGCCCUGUUCUCAGUGAUAAUGCACAAACAAAAAAUAGAAUGGGAAAGAUCUAAUACCCACCAAUGAAUGCUUUUAGAGACGUCACCACUUCUCCCUGUUACAAAUCUCUGAAACGUUUUUCCCAGGACCCUGCAUGCUUUAUGGCUUGCAAAAAACAUACCUGAAGUGCCUCUGGCAUGUUGCAGCUAUUUUAUCAAUUAGUAUACCUCUUUGUUGUACUUCCAUGGGCUGUGGUUCAUUGUAUUUUAUUGUCAAAAAGCCCAGAGUCAAGAGUGGAAAAAAAAAAACUAAAGCUUAAACCUUCCUCCUCCUAAAAUGAUAAGGACUUUUGUAAAACUUCAGUCUUAUUUUUAUAGUAUUACAUGUAAUAUAUUAAACUUGAGAAUCACUACACCUUAUUCUGGUGCCAGAAAGGUUAUUAAAUACUGAGUGCUCAUUUUCUUUGGUCACCUGUAGAUUUCAAAGGAUUCGAGCCAUAAUCUUUGGAAAGCUUAAGUUCUCAUCACCCUCUCUUUUUCCCAGGGUAUUAAUAAGGAUAUUCAGGGAUUAGUUGAAACCCUAAAUAUAACCUUACUUAUUUAGUGCCAAUGUGUUGUCUGUUGAACAAUACUAUUUAAAUGUUUCACUCUGCCUUGGUUACAUACCGUCCUUGAGGCCCUAAGUAGCACCUUCUCCAGAGUUCAUAAUGCCAAGAACUGUGUGGAUACCAGCUGCUAGUUGCUGUGCCCUGUGUCCCUUUUUGUCUACUCAUUGUAGGCUGAGCUCUGCUAUCCUGCAUAUGUUUUCUGUCACUAAAUGCUUAUAUGGCAAGGAGAAGCACACACAGUCACCAACAUAAAAAGUAGUCAACCAAUGUGGCAUCUGGUUGGUGGUGACAGAAGCUAUGUGAGGCAGAAAUUUUCAGCCCUUUUCAGCACCCUCUGAUUUAAUUCAAUUAAAUGGGACAAAAUUGAUUUCCUGAGAACAGAUGUCUUAACACUUGGGAGGUCCUUGGAGAUACCUGAGAGGUCACCAAACGAAGAUCCGAAGUCAUAGCGAUUAUAUGAUGACAGGUUGAGUAGGUGGCUUCGGUUCAGCAAUUUGCAGCAGCCUCUGAGGAGGUUCCUGUGGAAUGUAUUCAAGUGGCUCAACAUCCCCAAUAGGAAGAGGUAACUUUUGUGCCAUUGUGUAUUUGUUAAAGACUGAUAGGUAGUAAAUAUUUGGGUGGAAUCUGGAUCUCAGGGAGUCCCACAACCAGUAUCAGGACCCGACCCCCGCCCCGCCACCCCACACACAUACUCUGCUGUCAUCUGGUGUAGGAGACCAUAUUUUAUCUCCAGAAAGGCCACAUGAGAACCCCCUGACCGGUGUUCAAGAUGAGCCUUCAUUUCAAGAGGAACCUGAGAGACCUUGUUGGCUCUGGAGGGGAGCCUGGGCUCAGGUUCCAGGCAGACCCAGCAAGUGUCUCCUUGACCUUCCCAUUUACUUUUCUCUCCAUCCCCACCCCACAUUUAGGGUUCUGCCCUGAUGGGUUUAUGUUGUAGAGUGAAAGUAAAGGCCUGCGCCACCUUCUGUACCACAGGUUCAUGGCAAGGUCCCGGUUCAUAUCCUGGCAGUUUGUGUCCCUUAGCUACGAUGCUUUCCUGCUAACUCCUGAAAAUCACUGCAGUACCACCCGCUGGGCUGCUGUUCUGUGAUUGUUUGUUAAUGAAUAAGUAAUUGUCAGCUUUCAUUGAAAAAGUCAACAGGGCCCCUGAAGUCAUCCAAAAACUGAACGGUAGUUUAGCUUCACUAGUAAAAAAGGUCUGCCUUGAGCAUUAUGCUCUUUUAAGAACUAUCUAUAUGGGAUCAAGUUGACAACAGCAGCUUCAAAAAUGAUAGGAACCUUGGGGACAGUGAGUUUAUGUUACGAAAAGGAGGGUGAGAAUGAUUACACAACUGGAAGUAUGUAAUCAGUGUCACUAAAUUGUACAUGUAGAAAUUGUUGAAUUUGUAUAUGUUUCAGUGUGUAUAUUCUUAACAACCAACGAAUAAAAUUUAGGAAGAAAUAAAGUGGUAAUUAUUUUUGUAUGUGCAUAUAAAAAGCCUGAAGGAAAUAUCCUAUUAAUUGUGAUUAUCCUGGGUUAUAGAAUUUUUGAUGACUUAUUUUAUGACUUUUUUCUUUUUUUUAUAUGUCCUAUAAUAAGCAAAAAAGAAAAAAGGGGUGGGGGGUCCCUGGGUGGCACAAACAGCUAAGCAUUUGACUACUACCUGAAAGAUUGGCAGUUUGAAUCCACAGAGAGGCACCUCAGGAGACAGGCUUCACUAACAAGUAUCUGUGAACCUGUUACAAUCCAGAUGGAUUAAAAAAAUGUUGCCACAAAACAUUCAACCCCCCCAAAAAAGGAAAUAUUAAAAGCUUCCUGGUCUAAUUUCUAUUAAAAGUACAUUAGGUACUAAGAAAAGUCAUUUCCUGCCUUGGUGAUGUUUUUUUCUAUUAAGGAGUACUGUAACCCACACAGAAAUUGUUGUUUGCCUGCCUUCACCUAGGUAGAGGUCCCCUCCGACUGUAAAACUCUGUUUUAAGAAAUUAAGUUCUAACCAGCAAAAUGUUGACAAUAUUUCUUAAAGGAUUUUGUCAAUGGAAAAUUGCUUUAACUUUGCUGACUAUUAGUGUUCAAUGUACUGUCUAUCAAAUCAGUGGAGCCCUGUCUUAAUUCAAAUGAGCAAUUUUUUUUAACCCCCAACUUUUGGCAUUUUGCAAUAAAGCAGUCAUUUUAUGCUGCUCAUUUGUUAUGACUAUAGAGUAGAAGUACUGGUCAUGUGGUCAUUGCAAAUAGGAAAUUUUUGAAAAGACUUCAACUCAGAAUCAACUCUUAACCUGGAAAGCUAGUUUCUCCCUCUUGGCCCACAAGUAACUGGGCUGUGUAUGUUUUAUUAACCACUUGUUAACAUAUUCGUCUUCUGGCAUCAUUCUAGAACAUAUCUAAACUUAAACAUAUAUAUACUUUUUUUUUUUCCUCUUUUCCCAGAGUUGCCCAAUCCAAUGUUGGAUGAAACUUGCAACUCAUAUUUUAUUAUUUGCAAACAGGAAGUGGAUCUGUAGUUCAGUAGUUCAGUGCUAUGCUUUGGAGUUACAGCAACGACAGUUUCUGGCUAUACUGUAGUACAAUUCAGCUUCUAUUCUGAGGAUAAAUAGUAGGAAAAGAUUAGACUAAAAGAUGGCAUUUUUCCUCCUAGCUAAUGAGGGUCUAAUAUAGAGAGUUAGAUGACCUUCCCUAGCAGUUCAUUUUUGUGGCAAGUAUAAAAUCAUGUUCUCUAUUACUGUGUUCCUACCAGUUCAUCUGAGGCUAUGCCAGGCUAUACCAGUCUUAGAUAAGCAGUGAGUGUGCUAGUAAAUUAUGCAUGUAAAGAGAACACAUUCUUUUUACAGAGGAGCGGUUCUCUGUCAUUGCUUCAUCCAGGGAAUCCUCAAAUCUCUGAUGGCCAGAAACCAUUUUUAAUAAUUAGAGGCGUUUCUAACUUAAGACUUUGAAGUACUUUUCAGUUCCUGCUACUCUUGUCUUGCCUCAAUUAAAUACUGCUCAUUAUUUUAUAUAAAAUACCAUUAGGUCUCCUUUAGAAUGCCUAGUGCCAUAGAAAAAAGAGUCCUGGUGGCACAGUGGUUAAGCACCCACUUGCUAACCAAAAGCCAGUCCAUGGGAGAAAGAUGUAGCACAGCCUCUGUAAAGAUGACAGCCUUGGAAACCCUGUGGGCAGUACUCCUCUGUCCUGUGGGGUCACUAUGAGUCAGAACUGACUUUGCUUUAGGCUCCAUAGAACCGAAGCAGUGCAACGCCUUAAGGAAAUGAAAACCAAGAACCCAAACCAGUUGCUGUCGAUUCGGUUGCGACUCAUGGUGAACGCAUACGUGCAGAGUAGAACUGUCAUUUACAGAGUUUCCAAUGGCAGAUUUUUCAGAAGUAGAGCAGCAGGCCUUUCUUCCACUUGCCGUCCACCUCCGGGUAGACUUAAACCUCUAACCUUUCAGUUAGCAGCCGAUCACAUUAACUAUUUGAACUACCCAGGGACUUCAAGGAAAUGAAAAAAAAAAGGCAACAAAUAGUCAUUUGUAUUUUUCUUUUUAAAUACUUUUUUUUAAUUUCCCAAUUUCACAUGAUAGACUGUCACUUUCACAGUUGUGGCUAUUGUGUUCAUAGAAUAGAGUUGGAGCUUCCUAAUUCCCAGUAUCCAGACAGACCAGCCAAGGAAAUCGGAGCGGAUGGUUCUCUGCAGUUUCCAACACUACGUUACAGCCUUCACUUUCCGUUAGAGACAAACACUUGCCAGGAGCUGCCUAGUUGUCUCACUGAUUGUCACCUACAUGGUUAAUGUCUUAAGCUUGUUUUCCAGAAAACUUGGGCUCUUAAAAAAUUCUGAAAAAUAAUGCCAGAUGGGGAAAACAUUUUGUGGAAUGAGGAGAUGGGGUACUCCAUUUUCUCUCACAAAGUGCUGUCUUAGAAGGGCCUUUAGGACAAGAGCGGAGGCAGGGUGUGCUCCUCUGCGUUCUCAGGCUUGAGCUCUGAAUGUAGGUACGUUUCCACUCCUGGAAGGGCACCAAAACACAGUGCGGUGCAAUGCUGCUUCCAAGGAAUUUUCUCUGAAAGGGGGCGCCUUCUCUCGUUAGACCUUCCUUCCUCUGCUGACUAUAACUGAAUUUACCCCGACAUUCUCCUGUGGAGAUUUUGGAGUAAAAGCUAAAAUGCCCAUGGAAAGAACCAGUCAGUAACCAGUUGCCCCUGAGUUGAUUCUGACUCAUAAAGACCCUAUGUGCAUCAGAGUAGAACUGUGCUCCAUAGGGUUUUCAAUGGCUGAUUUUUCAGAAGUAGAUUGCCAGACCUUUUUUCUGAGGUGCCUCUGGGUGAACUCAAACUGCAAACCUUUUGCUGAUCGAGGGCAUUAACUGUUUGCACCACUCAGGGACUCUAGUGGAAAGAAGGACGUAUUUGUAUUCUGAGAAGGAAAUGCAGUCAGUGGUCUCAGAAGCAGGUAACAAUGGUUCUCUUAUAUGCUAGCCCCAGGAGAAUACAAAUUCUAAAGUCAGGGACACUGUUUUGUUCGCUGCUGAAUUCCCUCUACUUAGACCAAGCCGAAAACCCUGGUGGCAUAGUGGUGAAGUGCUACGGCUGCUAACCAAGAGGUCAGCAGUUAAAUCUGCCAGGUGUUCCUUGGAAAUUCUAGGGGGCAGUUCUACUCUGUCCUACAGGGUCGCUAUGAGUAAGAAUCAACUCGACGGCAGUGGGUUUGGUUUGGUUUGGGUUUGGACCAAGCCAGUUGCUGCAGAGUUCAUUUCUGACUCACGGUGACCCAAUGUGUUGCAGAGUAGAACUGUGGCCCGUAGAGUUUUUAAGGCUGUGACCUUUCAGAAGCAGAUGGCCAGGCCGUUCAUCCAAGGCACCCCUGGGUGGGUUAGAACCAUCAACCUUUUGGUUAGUAGUUGAGCGCUUAACUGUUUGCACCACCCUGGACUCCUAGCACAGAGUAGGCACUCCAAUAUUUAAUAAUGAACAUUUAGUAAAAGCAAUGAUUAAAGCUGACCAAUAUCUGGUCAUUUGUCAUGUAAACUUUAGGUGAUAAGGCAUAAAUGUUACUUUCUUUGCUUUUUUCCCCUAGCACUUUAUUAGGAAAUUUAGUAGAAUUUUCCAAUUUGGUUUCUCUUGAAAAAUCUCACUGCAAAGAUAGUUGAACAGCUUUAAUAGCGUUAUCUUAAACUCUUUUUGGAAACUUGUGGCAUUUUACAUUUUAAUUGGAAUUGUAGUCCACACUUUCAGCUAGUUUAAACUUUCAUAAAUCUGUUAUGCUGAAUUUUAAUCUUAUUUUGCCUGAAGGGUUUUUUUUUUAUAUAAUAAAUUGAAGUCCUUGAUCAAUUGUGCAGAAUAUUCUACUGUUGUUUUCACAUUUGGUAAAUUACCAAAUUAAUUUUUCUGGGUGAGAGUAAAUUUGGACCCAUUUUGUUUAGACAGGGUUCCAGGAUUAUGUUUGCAGACAGCAGAAGAGGCAGUGUGAUUUGGCAUAUAAACCACUAAGUUAGGAACCAAGAGGCUUAGAUUCUACUCCGGACUGACCACGGACAAAUCAUUUCUCUUGGGUCUGUGUGUCCGUUUAUCUACCUGUAAAGUGGGAACCAGACAUUGAAAUUUAAAUAUCAUUAAAUAAUGGGUCACAUUUAUUAAUGCUGGGAUCUAUCAAGAAAGAUGCUGUACGAAUCCAGUGAGGCUGCUUAUAAUUCUGUAACUGCCUGACAAGCUAUGGAAGGAAAUCUGACUUUGAAAAACUGAAGCGCAUUCAGCGGUCAAAGUGUCUUAUCAAAAAACCUGCUGUUGCUUAGCGUUUACUACUGCCAUGGAAUUUGUCAGUGAUUUUUCUAGUCCGUCUGGACUCUGAAAGUACAGUAAAACCUGCGAAAGCCAGAACCUCUGUAAGGCGGAAACCUGUCAGAGGAGGAAAACUCAAAUAUUUUCCACUAAAAAGAGAUAAAAGUGGUAAGACUGCACCCUGUCAAAGGCAGAAAACUGGCGAGACCCGGAAAAACAAGGCAGUGCCGCUCUCCCAGGUUUCACUCUAUGUGCUUCAGGAAAGGGCGCAAACAAAGAGAUGUGGGAAGGAGGGACACUAACCCCAAACCAAAAGAAAACUGGUUGCCAUGGAGUUGAUUCCAACUCAGAGUGACCCUAGAGGACAGAGUAGAGCUGCCCCAUAGAGUUUC